AUGGAGCUGGAGGAGGAGACGCUCGAUUUAGAACCACCUCCUGUGCAUGAGUCCUCUUCAGGUCUUCGAAACCUUUUUAGUCGAGAGGGAACGGAGAAUUUUGACUUGAAAAGGGAGAAAUUUGCUUCAUAUAACCGGGACAAAGUCCUCUCCCGGUCCUUGGAAGGCCUUGCCCUCCUCGCCCAGAUCGCCCACUCGGCCUCCGGCCCGACCCCAUGGGCCGCUUCCCUCUCCUCCUGCUGGCCGCGGCCCUGCUCCCGGGUGAGUCCCAAUCCCGUCGACCUCCCUCGGGAAUCCCGGGAUGCCGGCCCAUUCCCGGCGGACGGGACCGACGCUCUCUCCUGGGGCGGGGCCCUCGGCCAGGCCGAGGCCGUCAACCGGUGCGGGAGCCCGGCUCGAUCCGUGUGCGACUUCGUGUGUGACUGCAGGGACUGCUCCGAUGAGAACCACUGUGGCUACCAGAAGGAGUCCCCGGCCCUGGGAGCCCCCUUCGCCUGCGACCUGGAGCAGAACUCCUGCGGCUGGCGGGACGUGAGCACCUCGGCCUACCGCUGGCUUCGGGACCGGGCCGGGGCGGCCGUCUUCGGGGGGCCGGCGCCCCGCUCCGACCACACCUGGGGCACCGACUUGGGCUGGUACAUGAUAGUAGGGACUCACCGCGGGAAGGAACCGGCGACGGCGGUCCUGCGCUCCCCGACCAUGCACGAGGCAGCCCCCACCUGUGAGAUGCGCCUCUGGUACCGAGGCUGGGGGGAAGAGAACCUGGAUCCUGGGGAGCUGCGGGUAGAGCUGACCCACGGGCAGGAGACCCUGACGCUGUGGCAGAGCACGAGCCCCGUCGGGGGCUUCUGGAAGGAGCUGGUGGUGCCGACCGGCCGGGUGCCGGGAAGUUUUUGGAUUACCAUCUCCUCUACCCGCAACAUCACUAACCGGGGGACUGUGGCACUGGACGACGUGGAGUUCUGGAACUGCGGCCUGCCUGCCCCCCAGGCCCAGUGUCCGCAAGACCACUUCCGCUGCGCCCGGAGAGCCUGCGUGGAGCCCGACCAGGUGUGUGACGGGGAAGACAACUGUGGAGACGCCUCGGAUGAGGAGGACGGGGAAGCAUCCCACUGUGCUUCCCGCAUGGCGACGGACUUCGAGGACUUUGAAUCCGGGCUGGCGCCGUGGGAAGUUGUCCAGGGUUGGUACUUGAGCAACGGUUCUGCGGCCUCGGGCCCGUCCGCCCAGCCCCGGCGGGACCACAGCUGGAACAGCGCCAAGGCCGUUGGCUUUUUCGGGCACCCAAUAAACUCUCGAAAAGCAACACGGCCUAGCGGCUGGAGCUCCGGCCUGCAACUGACCUUCUAUUAUUAUUUGCACGGCUCGGAGGAAGGCAGCCUCCUCCUCUUCCAUCAGCCCUUGAGCCCGGUCCCCGCGUCCGCCUCGAAGGCCCCAGACCGCUCCCUGCUCCGGAGCCGGGCGGGAGACCUGGGCCCGGCCUGGGUCCGCGACGUGGUUCGGAUUCAAUCCAAUCUGACCUUCCAGAUCAUCCUGGAAGGGAAGACGGGGCCCGGCGGCGGCGUGGGCCUGGACGACCUGAUCCUGUCUCAGGGGUGCAGGGAGUUGCCAGAGCCUUACCUGCCUCUGAUGGAGACGCCCACCGCGGGGACAGAGGGGACCCGCGCCCCGGCGUCCCCCGGCCCGGCCCGCUCCUUCGCCUCGGUCGAGGAGCGCUGCGGGCCCGGCCAGUUCGCCUGCGAGGACCGCUGCCUUCGGGACGAGGAGCGUUGUGACUUCAUCGCUCAGUGUACCGACGGCAUCGACGAAGAGGGCUGCGGCCAGACCACCUUCGAAGAGGCCGCGGCCGUGGGCUGGAGGGACGUCAGCUCGGGCCGGCUGCAGUGGAUGAGACGGCAAGCCGACGGCGGCAUCGGGCCUGGCACCGAUGCCAGCAACAGCUCCGCGGGUCACUUCCUGAGUCUGCAGAAGGCGUGGGGGCAGUUUUGGGGCCCGGCCCGGGCACGUACCCUCCCGCUGGGCCCCUCCGGCCCCGACUGCACCCUCCACCUGGCAUAUUUCCUCCGGAGCGGCCCCGAAGAGCUGUCGUGUAACUUUGAGAAGAGCAUGUGCGGCUGGUACCCGGAGAGGAGGAGCGACGCCGUCUGGAGCCGGUCCAGUAACCGGGGCCCUGGAUACGACCACACCACGGGCCGAGGCUACUACGUGUAUCUGGACCCCACGUCCCCCCCAUCUCGGGGGUCCCGGGCCCACCUGCUCACCGCCCCCCAGGUGCCCGCGACUUCGGUCCAGUGCCUCUCCUUCUGGUAUCAUUUAUACGGGCCGCAGAUCGGGACCCUGGGCCUACUGUUGAGACGACCCGGGGAGCCAGACGCCCGGCUGUGGGCCAGGACGGGGACUCACGGCAACCUGUGGCACGAAGGCUGGACCACUCUCCAUCACCCUGACCUGAGCGGCAGGUUCCAGCUGGUGUUCGAGGCGGAGAGGGAUGGUUUCCACGGCGACAUGGCCCUGGACGACAUCACCGUGCGGCCUGGGCCCUGCUGGGCUCCCAGGCGCUGCUCCUUCGAGGACUCGGAUUGCGGAUUCUCAUCCGCCGGGACCAAGGGCUGGACGCGCCGGGGGAACACCACCGGCGGGACCGCCACGACCCCCGGCCCGGGCGCUGACCACACCACGGAGACGGCCAGAGGCUACUUUAUGAUGGCGGACACCAGCCCCAAUGUGCUGCCCCGGGGCCAAGGGGCCACCAUGACGUCCAGCGAAAACGCCCCCCUACCCCAACCCGGCUGCCUGAUCUUCUGGUAUCGGAUGAGCCCCCUCAAACCCGGCACACUGACGGUCUACGUGGAAGAGGGCGGAAAACAGCCGGUGUUCCGAAUCAGCGACAAGGGCGGCUUCACCUGGCGCCUGGGCAGCAUCGACGUCCAGCCCGCCAGAGCCUGGAAGGUGGUGUUCGAAGCCGUGGGGACGGGCCAGGAAAACUCUUACGUUGCCGUGGAUGACCUUCACCUGCAGGAUGGCCCCUGCCCCAGCCCAGCUUCCUGUGACUUUGAGUCGGACAUGUGCGGGUGGAGUCACAGGCCUUGGCCCGGCCUCGGGGGCUACAGCUGGGACUGGAGCGGUAGCUCCGUCCCUUCCCGGUAUCCGCUUCCCCAGGUGGACCACACUUUGGGCACCGCGGCUGGCCACUCGGCUUUCUUCGACACCGGCGUGCUGGGCCCCGCGGGCCGGGCGGCCUGGCUGCGUAGUGAACCCCUCCCCGCCACCCGGACCUCCUGCCUGCGGUUCUGGUAUCACAUGGGCUUCCCCGACCACUUCUACAAGGGCCAGCUGAGGGUGCUGCUGGGAAAUUCCAAGGGCCAGCUCAGCGUGUGGGGCGCGGGGGCCCGGCUCAGGCAUCAGUGGCUGGAGGCCGCGGUGGAGGUGACGAGUCCGGAGGAAUUCCAGAUCGUGUUUGAGGCCACGCUGGGGGGUCAACCGGUCAUGGGGGCCAUCGCCCUGGACGACGUCACGUACCAGGCGGGAGAAGGAUGCCGCAGUCCCACGGAAGAGGAGGCCCCGCGGUCGUCGUCGGUGGCCGUGGCGGUGGCCAGCACUAUACUGGCCGCCGUGGCCCUGGGGCUGGUGGUGGCCGGGGGCUGGCACUGGAUUCGGCGGAAGAGGGGGUCCCUGUUGGCGCGGAAGGCCGCGGACAGCAUGGUGGCCCCGGGCUUCGAGAACGUCGUCUUCAAUGAGGACCACGUCACCCUGCCGUCGGUCACGGGAGACCAGUAGGCGCAUCCGGUGCCCCCAGUUCGUCCAGUCUGCUCCCGGCGCGUUCCCGAUUCCAGGGAAAACGGGUGAAUGGCUCCGGCUUUUCCGGCCAAGGAAAACCAGUGAUGGUUCCAGCUUUUUAAACUUCCAGGAGUGUUGGGAAACCACCCGAGGCCUUCUCCUCCUGGCCACCACGGGCGUCCGCAGCCUCCGAGGAACUUUUUUUUGGGAAUCUCCCUCCU